UUCCAUCUAUGGCAGAUGCGUAAUUUGUCGCCCAAGAGACUUCUCCCGUCUCUAAUUUCCUUCCUCUCCCGCCGAAGGCCUCUUCCAGCGAGCCAUCAUGCAGUCGGGGGCGGCGCUGUGUCCCUGGGCGCUCCGGGAGGACCACCGGCAGGUGGCCUUCGGCUUCGGCCGCAUGGUGGGCUGUCCGGGCGACCGCGCGGACGCCGCCAACAGCACGGCGCUCGUCGACUGCCUCAGGGACGUCCCCGUCGAGCAGCUGAUGGCCGUGACGCCCUACAUCACGCCCUCCCCGUACGUCCUGACGCCCCGCGUGGACGGCGAGUUCCUGCCCGCCCACCCCGCCACGCUGGUCAGGGAAGGCCGCUACAACCGCGUCGACGUCCUCUCCGGCGUGACGCGGGACGAGGGCGCCUUCAACGCCAGAGCGUUCGUGGAGGACGGCGUCAUGGACAGCAUGAUCCAGAACUUCAGCCUCGUGGGCCCCCCCGCCCUCGGCUUCGAGGCCUGGGACGACGACCCCGAGUACCUGGCCCGCCUGGCCUUCCACAGGUACCUGGGGCCCAUGGAGUUCGACCUGACCAGGAUCGACCCUCUCGUCAAGCUCCUCGGCGACAGCUUCUACAGCAUGUGCCACGUGGAGGCCGUCGAGCACCACGCGCGCGACGCCGCCUUCGGCUUCCGCGCCUUCGCCUACGAGCUGCAGCACCGCGGGGAGCACGCCUUCUCCGACCUGUUCCGGGGCCCUCGCCCGCGUGGAACCUGGCCUACGUGGGCGACUCGGACGACCUGCAGUACCUCUUCUCCUUCGAUAAGCUCAACGUCAGCCUGACCAAGGAGGAGGACCUCUUCGUGUCCCGGAUCAUGGUGGAUCUCUGGACCAACUUCGCCGCCACCGGGAACCCGACGCCCGACCUGUCCCUGGGCUUCAAGUGGACGCCGACCGAGGCCUCGAGCCUCUCCUACCUCGGCAUCACCUCCGCCCCCGCCAUGAAGGUCUACGACAGGGAGCAGGACAUCGAAUUCUGGAGGAACCUGCCGAGGAAGAUGAACAAGCUGCUGUACCCGGACCGCUUCUCGCAGAACAGCAACUAGGACGGCUGUUCCUCCGUUUCCGAGCGCUGUGACGCUGUGACGGUGCUCCUUGUUGCAGCUUCAAUAAUCAGGAUAUCAAGCAUA